AUGGACAGUGGAGUUUUGACCAUUGUGGACAUUCCGCCUGAAGGUCUAAAAGAGUACCACUUCCGCGUAUAUCCGCAAAUAUUAGGUCUAUGUACGAGCUACCUAAACAUCGGGACUGGUGCAUUGUCAGAGACUCAGAGUAGUUAA